AGAUAGCAGUGAUGGUGAAAUCAGUGAGUCAGAAGAAUCAAGUGGUGCAGAACCUUCUGCUGAGACAGAAGAGUCAUCUGAAAUGACUGCUAGUUGUAAUAAUACUAUCAUUGGACCAGAAGAAAGAACUGUGUUUUUAAAGAAACAUGGUGAUUCUAUUGACUCAGGACUUGAGACAGAAGCAAUAGAAAGAAUGGCAACAUAUGUUAUUAUUAAUUCACGUGAUAAAAUGAAAUUUACAUUGACACCAUCUGCUGUUCAAAUAUUGCUGGAUGUUGCCAACGGUUUCAUUCAGAAAACAUCAAGUGGACCAAGUCCAUCUUUCUGUAGCUCAGAUGCACAAAUGUCCCUUUUUAAUGAGUUAGGACCUUCUUCAAAACUUUCUGUGAUUUCAAUGUCAGAAACAGAUCCUGAUGGUUCAAAAAAAGUGCUUCUCACAGCAACUUAUGAAAAAUCAGAUUCUCUUCCCAGUAGUCCAGCAUCAACAGUUGCAUCAGCAGAAUUAUUAGAUGUUUAUCAUUCUGAUGAGUAUGAUGACCUCGACUUGGAA